AUGACGACAAAUAUAAUACUCGAGACCACAAUGGGCUCCAUCACGCUGGAGCUCUACACGGAACACGCCCCCAAGACCUGCACAAACUUCACCACGCUCGUGCGCCGGGGCUACUACGGCAGCACAAUCUUCCACCGCAUCAUCCCCAACUUUAUGAUCCAGGGCGGCGACCCGACGGGCACUGGCCGCGGCGGGUCGUCCAUCUACGGGGACAAGUUUGCCGACGAGAUCAGCGCCGGGCUCAAGCACACGGGGGCCGGGAUCCUGAGCAUGGCCAACUCGGGCCCGGACACCAAUGGGUCGCAGUUCUUCAUCACCCUGGCGCCCACGCCCUGGCUCGACGGCAAGCACACCAUCUUUGGCCGCGUGACGAGGGGGAUGGCGACGGUGAAGCGCAUGGGCAUGGUGCCGACGGGUGCCGAGGACCGGCCGGUGGAAGAGGUGAGGAUUGUGACGGCCAGAGUGGCGGAGGGAUCAGAGGACGAAGUCUAA